GGUUGACCAGGUUUUCGCAGACGACGGAUCACAUGACCGCAGAGAUGGACAGCUGGAAGAAUCACGUGCGUGCUCGACUGCAGCAGAGAGACCAAACUGAGAAACUGCCUCAUGUCGGUGUUUUCACGACACUGUCUCAGCUGGAGGAACGUUUUGAAAUCCGCAAACAAAUCCUGGAUGAUGUUCAGUCUAACAGAUUUCUCCAUUUUUUUCAGUUCUGAGCGAGAUGGGGUAGAAGCUGGGAAAAACACUAAACUCCUUCAUCUGCAGCUGAGAGAGACUGAGCACCUGUCAGAAAAGUUGUCUCAAACCGUCUCUGAUCUGACCACUGUGCUGUAUCUGAAAGAGGCUGAGCUGCAGUACUGGCAGUCACGUGUGUCCCAAUACCGUCAAGAGGCACUUAACCUGGCUAAAGGGAACAACACCGUGAAGGCGACCCUUUCAGAAUAUGAAUUCACCGUAGAGUGUCAGUCCAAAGAGUUGGCCGCCCUGCGAGCAGAGCAGAAAGGUCUAAAGGAAACGUUGACGCAGGCUGGGAGAGAGAAAGAGCAACUGUUGCAACGAUGGAUGGAGGAGAAGAGGGAGGAGGCUGACAGGGUGAAUAAGUACAACGAUGCACAGGAACGGUGGCAUCGUUUGGCUAAAAAGCUGAAGAAGCACCUCCAACAACGGGAAAAGGAAAAAUCAUUACUUGUCGACACAUCUCAUUGAAGAAUUUUAAAAAAGCAUCUGAAGUGAUUCAUGAAUUAGACCAUUUUACAAUCAGUGCUUGGUAUAAGUGACCAUGUAGCAGUUCCAAAAAUAUUAGCCAAUGUUUAUUUGCAAAAUCUUAACCCAGGAUCUUUAAUAGUUACAUUUUAACACAUUUUAGCAUAGCUAAUUGUAUUAAAAAUGAAAAAAACAAGUUUGUUAAGUUCAAUAUAAGUUGUAUAAUUGUAUUAUAUAGUUCAUAAGUUGUCAAUAAGUUGAAUAUGUCAUUGUAAUAUAUUGUUGUGUAAAAUAAAAUUAU